AGGCAGAAAGGGAACUGAAGGUGGUUGGAAGAACAACAGAAAAGCAAAGGAGCAGUGGGUGGAAGCAAAACUCAUUCAAGGAUUUUAGAUAAUGGGCUGUGUGCAAUGUAAGGAUAAAGAAGCAACAAAACUGACUGACGAGAGGGAUGGUAGUUUAAACCAGAGUUCAGGUUAUCGCUAUGGAACAGAUCCUACCCCUCAACAUUACCCAAAUUUUGGUGUGACUUCAAUUCCAAACUACAACAAUUUCCCCACAGCAGGAGGACAAGGAUUGACGGUCUUCGGUGGUGUCAAUUCUUCGUCACAUACUGGUACAUUGCGUACAAGAGGAGGAACAGGUGUAACUCUUUUUGUAGCUUUAUAUGAUUACGAAGCAAGAACAGAAGAUGAUUUAAGUUUUCAUAAAGGAGAAAAAUUCCAGAUACUUAACAGUUCAGAAGGAGAUUGGUGGGAAGCCCGAUCCCUGACUACUGGAGAAACUGGUUAUAUUCCCAGUAAUUAUGUGGCUCCAGUUGACUCCAUCCAAGCAGAAGAAUGGUACUUUGGGAAACUUGGACGAAAAGAUGCUGAGAGGCAGCUGCUGUCUUUUGGAAACCCACGAGGAACCUUCCUGAUUCGUGAGAGUGAAACCACCAAAGGUGCCUAUUCAUUGUCCAUUCGUGACUGGGAUGAUAUGAAAGGUGAUCAUGUCAAACAUUAUAAAAUUCGCAAGCUUGACAGUGGAGGAUAUUACAUUACAACCAGGGCACAGUUUGAAACUCUUCAACAACUUGUUCAGCAUUAUUCAGAGAGAGCUGCGGGUCUUUGCUGCCGCUUAGUAGUCCCUUGUCAUAAAGGAAUGCCAAGGCUUACUGACCUGUCUGUCAAAACCAAAGAUGUCUGGGAAAUUCCACGAGAAUCACUACAGUUGAUCAAGAGACUGGGAAAUGGGCAGUUUGGGGAAGUAUGGAUGGGUACUUGGAAUGGGAAUACUAAAGUGGCAAUAAAGACACUGAAGCCUGGCACUAUGUCCCCAGAAUCAUUCCUGGAAGAAGCCCAGAUCAUGAAAAAGCUAAAGCAUGACAAACUGGUCCAACUUUAUGCUGUGGUGUCAGAAGAGCCUAUCUACAUUGUCACAGAAUAUAUGGGUAAAGGAAGCUUGCUAGAUUUCCUAAAGGAUGGUGAAGGAAGAGCUCUGAAAUUGCCAAACCUGGUAGACAUGGCAGCACAGGUUGCUGCAGGUAUGGCUUAUAUUGAGCGAAUGAAUUACAUACACAGAGACCUGCGCUCUGCAAACAUCCUGGUGGGAAAUGGUCUAAUUUGCAAAAUUGCUGACUUUGGAUUAGCAAGAUUAAUUGAAGACAAUGAAUAUACAGCCAGACAAGGUGCAAAAUUUCCUAUAAAGUGGACUGCUCCAGAAGCUGCAUUAUAUGGAAGGUUUACAAUAAAAUCCGAUGUUUGGUCCUUUGGGAUAUUACUAACAGAAUUAGUAACAAAAGGGAGAGUGCCAUACCCAGGUAUGAAUAAUCGUGAAGUCUUGGAACAGGUAGAAAGAGGAUACAGAAUGCCAUGUCCUCAGGAUUGCCCAAUCUCUCUACAUGAGCUCAUGAUCCAUUGCUGGAAAAAAGACCCAGAGGAGCGCCCAACUUUUGAAUACUUACAGGGUUUCCUGGAAGACUACUUUACAGCAACUGAACCCCAGUACCAGCCAGGUGAUAACCUGUAAUUUUGGGGGCCUGUGCAAACUACAGCUACCAGGUGUUCCAUUUGCAGUUGACGUAGGUUGAAUGGCUCAAAGCUGUAUCUUAGAGCACCAAAUAUACUGAAGCCAGAAGAUGAGAACUUCUAGAACUAUGUGUCCUAAAAAUCUGAAUGUCUUCUCUGAACAGAAAAGUGAACACUUGGGUUUUUUUCUUAAUCAAAGACUUUGAAACUGCAUUGUUUUAAUGUUAUGUAAACUGCAAAAUCUUUGUUCACUGUAAAUAAUAAUUCAGUGCCAAUAAUUUAUCUUAGUGCUUUCCUUUUUUAAAAAAAUGCAGAAUUAUGUGAUUUUAACUAGUCUUCUCCUGAUUCAACUAAAGUAUUAUUUUCCAGAAGUGGCCUCUUUUUGUCUACAUUUUUUCAUGUUCUAACAAAAUCAGGACCAGUGUUUGGGGGUUUGUUUUGUUUCUUUUAUAUAUAAAAUAUAUGUAAAAUAUAUACAUACCUGUAUAUAUAGUCCACAGGUGCUAUAGCAAAAGGAAAUUCAUUUCAGAAAAGGAUUUCAUAAUGCUGAAGCACCCAGAAAAAGAUUUCCCUGGGAACAUUGAACACUGGUGAUGAUUCUAAAACCAGUGACUGAAUUUUUGGCUUUUGCCCAGCAUGACUUUUUAAAUUGGAUUGCACUUUUUGGUUUCACUAUGUACCUGUAGGUUGUUGUAAGUUUUGAUCUUUCAAAACUCAUGUACAGCAUUUCAACAACAUUCGCCAAGUGUGUAGUUUGAUUUUGGGAUCAGAAUUAAAACAGACUUUAUUAAAGCAAAAAUAUCCCUGCUUGGACUGGAAGGUUGAAACUGCAAGUGCUUUCAUGUAUCAAAAUAUGUAUACUGAAUUUUCUGAUUUUUUUAAAAGUAAUAAACAUUGCAACCCCAUGCAGUAGUCUCAACCUCAUAGCCUUUUAGUCAUAUCAAGAUGCGUUUUCAUUCAUCAAGCUCAGCUAGAAUAUCUUUUGUGUGUACCAUUUUCCAUCAUUAUAUAGGUGUUUUAAAUGUCCUGUAUUGCUAAUGAAAUUACUUUCAAUAUGUCUGCAAGUGUUUCAGUAGAAUUACUAUGCACUUCUUUUCUGGGAAGCAGAAGGGAUGCACAAAAGUAUUACUUUUUCAGUUGUCUAUAUCAGCCUUGAAUUCUUUCCUUCCUUUUUUCUAACCAAAAAGAAACAAACAAACAAAAAAAAACCCUGUCCUUUCUACUUCUCUU